AAUGUUAAAAAACUGUCUAAAAACACAAACCUCUUUAGGACCUCUGCGGACCACAGAGGGGUUGCGGACCCCAGUUGAAGAGGUACAAGAAGGUAUAAAACAUUAAUCUUAAGGAUCACAGGUUAGUGUGGUUUUCACUUUCUGCAACAUUUGACCUUGAAAAAAUAAUCUUCAGCUGUUUCACUAAAUGACCUCUCCUUCCAGACUUGAUGGUCUGUCCCCUUUCACUCCCCUAGUGGAGGAAAAUGGGCCUACACUGAGAAAUUGAAAAUAAGGAUGAGCGCCAUGUCUGAUAUUCCGCUUCUGGAGUAGAGCGGACGGCAGAACGAAAAUCUCGCGGGCCGCGGUUCCCUUCGGGGUUCGUAGCCGAUAAUGGCCGAUAGCGCUGUAAUCCAGCAGGGAUCGCCGGCCAUCGGAGCUGCGGGCUCGGUCCCGGCCGCUCCUGGAGCCGGGGGUACCGAGGGCUCUGGCGCCGCUGGAGGAUCCGCACGAAUCGCCGUGAAGAAGGCGCAACUCCGAUCCUCACCUCGACCUAAGAAACUGGAAAAACUCGGAGUGUAUUCAUCCUGCAAAGCUGAAGGAGCGUGUAAGUGUAAUGGCUGGAAAAGUCAGAACCCUCCACCUACACCCCCACGCACGGACCAGCAAUCCAACACAGUCAACCUGCAGGAGCCCUGCCGCAGCUGCUCUCACACUUUGGGUGAUCACGUGACCCAUCUAGAAAACGUCUCUGAGGAGGAAAUGAACAGACUCCUGGGUAUCGUCCUGGAUGUGGAGUACCUCUACACAUGUGUUCACAAAGAGGAGGAUGCUGACACUAAGCAGGUCUACUUUUCCCUCUUCAAACUGCUGAGAAAAUCCAUUCUGCAGAUGGGUAAACCGAUGCUAGAAGCACAGGAGAGUCCUCCAUUUGAAAAACCUAGCAUAGAGCAGGGGGUGAAUAAUUUUGUCCAGUAUAAAUUUAGUCACCUUCCAUCUAAGGAACGACAAACAAUCGUGGAACUGGCUAAAAUGUUUCUCAACCAGAUCAACUACUGGCAGCUGGAGACCCCCUCACAGAGACGUCUGAGGGUCCCCAAUGACGAUGCAGCCGGAUACAAAGCCAACUACACCAGAUGGUUAUGCUACUGUAAUGUGCCUCAGUUUUGUGACAGCCUGCCUCGGUACGAAACCACUCAGAUCUUUGGCCGGACACUAUUACGUUCUGUGUUCACUGUGAUGAGGAAACAACUAUUGGAGCAGGCCAGACAGGAAAAGGACAAGCUGCCUCCAGAGAAACGCACACUUAUUCUCACACACUUCCCCAAGUUUUUGUCGAUGUUAGAAGAGGAGGUGUACAGCCACAGCUCUCCAAUUUGGAGCCAAGACUUUUUGGCAGGAGCGUCAGGAGGACAGAUUCCUAUUCACACUGUUAUAGCUGCACCCCCUGUGGCCAGACCUUUGUACUACAGCACUAGUCCUGUAUCAGUGGACACGUCUAACUGUGGCAGUGUCAGUCCUGCCAGGAAAGCAGCUUCCGUGUUGGAGUCAAACCCUGUAGUUGGAGAAAAGCGUAAAGCAUCGGAACCCCUGUCCCAUGAGGAAAACAAAAGACCGCGGGUGGUAGGUGACAUCCCCAUGGAGCUCAUCAACGAAGUCAUGUCCACCAUCACGGAUCCUGCCGCCAUUCCUGAGACCAAUCUACUGUCAGCACACUCUGCACGUGACGAAGCCGCUCGUAUAGAGGAGCGCAGGGGGGUGAUUGAAUUUCAUGUCAUUGGAAACUCUCUCAACCAGAAGCCCAAUAAGCGGAUCCUGAUGUGGCUGGUCGGCCUCCAGAAUGUCUUCUCUCACCAGCUGCCUCGUAUGCCCAAGGAGUACAUCACACGGCUGGUCUUUGAUCCGAAGCACAAGACACUGUCACUGAUCAAAGAUGGACGUGUGAUUGGAGGAAUCUGUUUUCGAAUGUUCCCAUCGCAGGGGUUCACCGAAAUUGUCUUCUGUGCUGUCACCUCAAAUGAGCAGGUCAAGGGCUACGGAACACACCUGAUGAACCAUUUGAAGGAAUAUCACAUUAAACAUGAAAUCCUGAACUUCCUCACUUAUGCCGAUGAGUAUGCCAUUGGCUACUUCAAAAAGCAGGGGUUCUCAAAGGACAUCAAAGUUUCUAAAGCCAAGUAUGUGGGCUACAUCAAGGAUUAUGAGGGAGCCACACUUAUGGGCUGUGAACUCAACCCCAGCAUACCCUACACAGAGUUCUCAGUUAUCAUUAAGAAGCAGAAGGAGAUCAUCAAGAAACUCAUUGAGAGGAAACAGGCCCAGAUCAGAAAAGUCUACCCAGGUCUUUCCUGUUUUAAGGAGGGAGUCCGACAGAUCCCCAUAGAAUGCAUUCCUGGCAUACGUGAAACUGGCUGGAAACCUGUCGGCAAAGGAAAAGAGAUGAAGGAUCCUGAUCAGUUGUACAGCACCCUGAAGACCAUCCUUCAACAUGUGAAGAGUCACCAGAACGCCUGGCCCUUCAUGGAGCCUGUGAAGAAGACAGAGGCCCCAGGGUACUACCAAGAGAUUCGAUUUCCAAUGGACCUCAAGACAAUGAGCGAGCGUCUGAAAAGCCGUUACUACACAACCCGCAAGCUGUUCAUGGCCGACAUGCAACGCAUCUUCACUAACUGUCGUGAAUACAACCUUCCAGAGAGCGAGUAUUACAAAUGUGCCAACCUGCUGGAGAAGUUCUUUUACACCAAAAUCAAAGAAGCAGGACUCAUCGAGAAGUAAAAAGGAGAGGGUUUUUUUGGUUUCAACAAAAGAGUGAGAAAGGCCUCAAGCUUAAAGUGAUAAAGGUGAAGUGGCAGCUGUGAGCAUACUCAAGCCAAGAGUAGCACUACUGAUCCUGGAGCAGUUUAGUGUCAGGAACAUAUCUUUUAGUAUCUUUCAGAUCACAACUCUAGAUCGACUAGUAAUACAUUUAGGGUCAAAGACUGGCCAUAAAUGAGGACUGAGACUGUUAAGGAGAGGUGAGACAAUAACAGGUGUUUCAUUCAACAUGUUUCAUCACCCAUCACUGCAUCUCAUAGGGAGAAAACACUAGGAAAGUUUGAGGAAGUGGCUUAGCACAAUACACAAAAAAGGAAAUGUAUUCCCAAUAAGAAUAUCAGCCAAGGUGUACAAUGAAGUAACACCUCAACUGGCACUUCAAUUCUAUCUUCAUGUCUGUAUUUACACACACACACACUUACUGCU